GUUAUCUGACAACAGAAAGGUGAAAAAGUCAAGUUAAAAAUUGAAUGAAUUUAUUAAUAUGAAGAAUUGUCAGUUUGUGUCAAAGAUUACUGUUGCUAGAUAUGAUGGCAUCUAGAGAGGAGCUGGAACAUGCAUAUUCGCCGUCACGAUGGUCUCACAGGAUGGGAUCUGAUGAUGUCAUAAAUGCUCACAUCAAAACACUCACUGAAGGUAGCAAUUUAGCGAGAGAAUGUGUAGACUGUGAGGUUGGCUUUAGUUUUGGUUUGUCAGAGAAAGAAAAGUUUGAUGUGUUUGGAGCAAAAACUCUCCCAGGUGAUGCUCCUAUAUUUGUGUAUAUACAUGGAGGCUACUGGUCAGCUUUAGGGCGAGAGAUGUCCAGUUUUAUGGCACCAGUGUUGUGUAAAGCCGGAGCUGUAGUGGUCUCAGUAGGAUAUGAUCUUGCUCCACAAGCAAAUAUGGAUGAAAUAGUUUCACAGGUGAAGAAAGCCGUCAGUUUUGUACUCACUAUGGCAACAAGACGGGGCUCAAGUGGUGUGUAUUUGUGUGGACAUUCAGCAGGUGCACAUCUUGCAGCAUUAAUGUUGUCCCAAAACUGGUUAGAGGAAACUAUGGUCAGUCCUGGUAUGAUAAAAGGUGCUGUGUUGGUUUGCGGAGUAUAUGACCUGAGACCGUUGGUCAACACUUACGUCAAUGAUCCCCUCAAAAUGACAGUGGAGGAUGCAGUGAGGAACAGUCCAGUGACACAUCUCGACAAAAUUGCUGGGUUCAGUGAGAAAAGAAGAUUUAUUGUUGCCUAUGGUGAUCAUGAUCCACCCGAGUUCCAGAGACAAAGUACAGAAUUUAACAUUGCCUUAUCUUCACGAGGUAUACAAUCCACUCUGAUGGUCAUACCAGAUACUGACCACUUUAAUGUGAUAGAAAAUCUACAGCUGGAGGAUUACAGUCUCAGUCAGGAAAUUGUGAAGCUCAUGAAUUUAAACAUUGGUCCCAUCCUCGACCAGAUGCAGUCAACAAAUAUAUCCUAGUCGUACAUAAACAGUGGAUUUGUUUGAUGGGGAAUUUGUGGUGCUGGGAACCAGUCUUUCAAACUAAUUGUGUGGACUGUGUCUAUGCCUAAAAAUUGUGCUGGGUAUUAGAAUUAUAUCAUAAUUGUGUAUCGGAUGGCCAGUCUUUCAAACUGAAUGGUGUUUGGUACUGGAAUUAUGUUAAAUUUUUGGUAUGGAAGCCUGUCUUUUAAACUAAUUGUGUGAAUUGUGGCCUAAGUUUGCACUGGGUACUGGAGUAAUGUGAAAAAUUGGGUGCUGACUUGUGACAGAUAAAUUUGAGACUUUGGUCAAAAUUUGUACUGCUUGGAAACAGAAUAGCAAUGUGGACUAGGAGAUAAUCUUUGUGAAGCUGGGUGGCAGAAAGUUGCAAAUGAAACUUCGGACACAAAAACAGGAUACAUAAAGUACACAGAAACAGAAUACAGGAAGGACCAAGAAACAUGACACAAAAACAGGAUACAGGAAGUAAACAAAAACAGAAUACAGGAAGUACA